GGAAAACAUUAUGUGUGGGAAAUUGUGAGGACGCCUAUCUAAGGCAGGGGCUGAAACUGUUGUUAUGGUCCUUCGACACGAGACCUGCAGUUAGAAGUGAGCGGCUAAACUGCAGUCAUGACUGUGGUCAUUGGGUUUGAGGGCAGUGCCAAUAAGAUUGGUAUAGGCAUUGUGAGGGAUGGAGAAGUCCUCUCAAACCCUAGACGUACCUAUAUCACUCCACCUGGUCAAGGUUUUCUUCCUAGUGAAACAGCUAAACAUCAUCGUGGUGCUAUUCUAACUGUCCUCCGAGAGGCCCUAGAUGAAGCUGGAUUGAAACCUGCUGAUAUUGACUGUGUAGCGUACACCAAAGGGCCAGGGAUGGGAGCUCCUCUGGUCACAGUGGCCCUGGUGGCCAGGACAGUUGCUCAGCUGUGGGGAAAACCAUUGGUGGGUGUAAACCACUGCAUCGGGCACAUUGAAAUGGGCCGACUGAUCACUGGUGCUAACAACCCUACUGUACUAUACGUCAGUGGUGGCAACACUCAGGUGAUUGCUUACUCUGAAAGGCGCUACAGAAUUUUUGGUGAAACAAUAGACAUCGCUGUGGGAAACUGCCUGGACCGCUUUGCCAGAGUCAUCAAGAUAUCUAAUGACCCCAGUCCAGGCUACAACAUUGAACAGAUGGCAAAGAAGGGCAAGCAGUAUGUAGAGCUUCCAUACACAGUUAAAGGAAUGGACGUUUCUUUCUCUGGGAUUUUAUCGUACAUAGAGGAGGCAGCACACAAGAUGUUGAGCUCAGGGCAGUGCACAGCAGAAGACCUGUGCUUUUCCCUGCAGGAGACAGUCUUCUCUAUGCUGGUGGAGAUAACAGAAAGGGCCAUGGCUCACUGCGGCUCCCAAGAGGUGCUGAUCGUGGGAGGAGUAGGCUGUAACCUCCGUCUGCAGGAGAUGAUGGGUGUCAUGUGUGAGGAGAGAGGCGCUCGGCUUUUUGCCACAGAUGAGAGGUUCUGCAUUGACAAUGGAGCGAUGAUUGCACAAGCUGGCUGGGAAAUGUUCCGUGUGGGUCAAAUAACAGAGCUGUCUGACUCCUGGAUCACACAGAGGUACAGGACAGAUGAAGUAGAAGUUACCUGGAGAGACUGACCUGUUACAAAUCCAAAUAUCUGUUUUGACUUGAAGAGAAACUAUGGCAGAAAACAGAACCUCCUGAGGACGCUAUGGGUUUUAGUACGGCUACUGUGCUUUUUUUCACCAUCCAGACAUGCAUCCAUUCUGAACUGUUCCACCAGUUAACUUGAAGGGGUAUUUUGUAACUCACACAGUUGAUAGUAAAGUCUUAAUUUGAGCAACAACUUUAGCACUUCAGCCAUUGCGAAAGGGCUCCUACGGUUGUUUUUUUUAAGUGGUUGGUACAACUCGAGAGUGCCUGCUGUGUGUUUUAUAAUAAACAGUGUCUUGAAAAUAUUGCAACAU